CCCCGCUCUGUCCCAGCUGGCAGCACCAACACAGACCUUGCUCUGUCCCAGCUGGCAGCACCAGCAGAAACCCCGCUCUGUCCCAGCUGGCAGCACCAACACAGAUCCAACUCUGUCCCAGCUGGCAGCGCCAGCACAGAACCCGCUCUGUCCCAGCUGGCAGCACCAGCAGAAACCCCGCUCUGUCCCCGCUGGCAGCACCAACACAGAACCCCGCUCUGUCCUAGCACCAACACAGACCCCGCUCUGUCCCAGCACCAACACAGACCCCGCUCUGUCCCAGCUGGCAGCACCAGCACUGAUCCCGCUCUGUCCCAGCUGGCAGCACCAGCACAGACCCUGCUGCGUCCCAGCUGAGCACCAGUAGAGACCCCACUUUAGCCCAUCUGAAGACCAGCAGAGGCCCCGCUCUGUUCCAGCUGAGUAUCAGCACACACUCAGUGAGAAGCUUGUUGUAGUUCAUGCCCUUUCUCCAAGCCUCUGGGUAAGAGCAUGCAGACCAAUGAUGGCUCAAGGACACGGGAUACCAUCCCCCCAAGGUCUGAGUGUACAACACCAGGACACACUGCCACUUUGGUAAUGUUAUUCCUGCCUCCCACAGAGCCUGGAAUGAUCUGAUACCACUCACAAGAAACAACCAUCCAUCAAACUCCUUAAACAUUUGUCCACAGGAGACGACAAAUCAGGAGAUGCGGAAUUGAACUGUCUGCAAGUCCACCUCCUCUAGCCUCAAUAACCUCCUCACGGAAGAAUACAGCAGGCACCGUACUAACCUGGUCCUCAAUAAAACCCACACUUACCCCUCGAGCUCUGAAUAGUUGUGUAAUGGUGUGGGAUCCAUCGGGUAUGUAGCUGAAUGUUUACAACAAGGUGGUAGACACUCCUUGCAAUUCUUGUAACAUGAGGAUGUGUGUAGAUUUCUGUAUGACUGAGAACAACAGCAACAAUCUUCAUUUAUAUGGCACCUUUAACAUCUGUGACUGCAUCCCUACUAAUCCAUCUCAAGGACCAUCGGAGGAAGAAUCAACAAGCAAAACCUGACCCUGUGUCACAAGGGGUGAUAUUAGGACAGGUGACCCAAGCUCAGUCAGAGAGGUUAAGUUGAAGGAGUGUUUUGAAAGUGGAUAGAGAGGUAGAGGGUGGAGAGGGUUAGAGAAAGAAGUUGAGAGCUCAGGGCCCAGGCAGCUGCUGGUGGUUGGACGAUUGAAACAGGGUAAUAUCACAGACAGACUGCAAACAAGAAUAAGAAUUUUAAAAUUGAAUGAGUACCCUGUCCACUUCUUCCCCAAUGCCUGGCAGGUUUUUACUUUCAAUGGUGUAUCCAAUACCCUUUUGAAAGUUAAUAUUGAAUCUGGUCCGUCCUCUUUCACACAACACACUCUAGAUUACGACAAUGAGCUCUGUGAGAUGACAUUUCCCCACUGCCCCUAGCAGCUGGCCACCUUGGGAAUGAACAUAUGACAGUUCCCUUUGUUUUUGUUCAUUAACAGGAUGAGAGUUUAACUUCUCAGGCCGGCAUUUAUUACCCACACACCAGAGGACCACAUUGCUGUGUGUCUGCAGUUACAUGGAGGCCAGACCAGGUAUAACAAACUGAGGGGAAACAUCAUGGAGCCAGAUGUGAUUAGAAUGUAUUCUUCUUCACCACCGCCACUAGAUGAUGGAACUGAAAUUGAUGAUGAGUUUGGUGAAUUUGGUGGUUUUUCAGGGGUUGGUAGUUCAACACUUGGUUAUUCUGACUUUGACUUAGAAGAUCACCAUGAGAACUUUAUGCCGCAGAACCACUUUGUGCCUGGCCAUGAAUAUUCCAGCCAUGCAGAUGGAUUUGCUGACUUUCAUUCGGCGAGUGCCAGUGACGGCAAAGUCUUUCUUUCAGACCUCUCCAGACCCACAGAAGAAAUGUUAAAUGACAUGACUAUAAGCACUGAUAAGGAUGUAAUUCGAUCAAAAUCUUCAGUAAAUGUUUUUGGUUGUACAGUGACAGAACAAAGAAUGGAAUCCAUAAAACUGACAGAUGUAACUGCUAGAUUUGGCAACCUGGCCAAGGAUGCUCAUGCAAUAGGUUUCGAAUCAGAAGAGUACUGCAAUAGUAAAAAGGCGAACCCAGAAAUUCUGACAAAUGGGUACUCAACGAAGGACAUAACACAAUCUCAGGGAAUAGAAAAUAUAGUCAACAAAAGUGGUCAAAAUGAACAAAAAGCUACAAAUGCUCACAUUUCAAAUCUCUGGUCAGAGUCCAUGCCUGGACAAAUGGAAGACUUUACAGAGUUCUCUGCAUUUUCAAACAUUAAGGAACCUGUUGAGUUAGCAGGAGAAACAACGAGCCCAACUCUCUCUCUCAUCAGCAAAAUGCCACUAAAAGGAGAUCAUAAUACUGGCAAUCAUUCAGUUAUAAGGGAACUACCAGAUGUUCAAGUCAGUCCAAACUUUGCAGUGGAUGGUGAUAACCUGGAAGUUACUUCAAACAGGAAUGGGACAAAUGCAGACCUAGAGCACACCCAGUGCCAGUCCUCUGAACCUAGUACUUCAGCUGACACAAGCUUUCCUAAUCAUGACUGGAAUACAUCAGAAUCAAUGGAGCACAUUGCAACUCAGAACCAAAAUGCUCAACAACCUGUUCCUGAAUUUUUGGAAACAUUGAAAGAAACCAUUAAUGUAGAAAGUUCAGAGAUUCAAUUAAGUACAGAUCAAUCGGGUAGUGUAAAGCAAACUGGAGCAGAAGUAGAUUUGGAAAUCUGUACUCUGAAUGAGGAAGGCAUUGGUGUUUUUUCAGACAAUGUUCCACAUAGAAUUGGUACGAUUGAGCAAGGCCAUGCAGUCAGUGGUGAGCCAGUGGCGACUGAUAGGAAAAGGACAGAGGGAAUUGAGUCAGAUCAGUGUGGAAUUUCAAGUGACAGCUUACGUGAUGGUGAUUUUGCUUCUUUUAGCCUGGAGGUGAAUUCUGCUGCUGUGGAUGAUGUUGGAACAGAUAAUGAGCGUUGUAUAAACUCUGACAGCAAAACAUCCUCAAACUUGGCAACAGAAGAGUUUGCCACGUUUCAGGAAACUGAUGUCAAAGAUGAAUUUGGUGUCUUUGGUAGUAUGGGUACUGAUUCCUUACAAACGUAUGCUAAUUUUUCUGAAUCUCCAGCAGAGAAGAAUGUGCAAACAGAACUGACUGUUUAUCAUGAAGGUGACCUGGAGUCUGGUGAGCAUGGAACUACCACCACAAUUACAAAGUCAGAUGAUGAGGAUUUUGGAGAAUUUGGAUCCAUUCAGGAAGCCAACACUGAGUCUGAGUUUGCAGGGUUCAAAAGUGAUGACUUUACACCUGGUGAACAAGACACUGAGUGGAAUGCUUUUGGGUAUUCGGUGGCUGAAAGUACAUCGUGGGCAACCUUUGAUGAAGAGGAGUCUCGUGGUGCCGUUAAAGAAGAAAUUAGCCAGUGCAGCAGGACAGAAGUUGCGCUUUCAAGUGACAAACAGUUGACUGGCUGGGCAGACUCUACUCCUGCACAGCACAUUGGAGAAGAACCUCAGUCACAAGUGUCUUUGCUAAAGCGUCUGGAGCGAGUUUUCCAAACUUGUUUUUCUCCGGUGCCAACUAUUAAGGUCACUAAAGAAGAAAUCUGCUCUCUGGGGCAGCUGCUGCAGUCUGGACUGGAGAGGGGAGACCAGGUCAAGGCGAACAAUGGGGAGUUGUUAUCUGUGUGGACCGAGCUGCAAGAUGUGGAAGAUGCUCACGGCCUGAGGUACCAGUGGGGUGGUUCUCACAGCAACAAAAAGCUUCUAAUUUCUCUGGGAAUCGAUACCAGAAACAUUUUGUUUACAGGGCAGAGGAAGCAGCCUGUCAUUGUUCCCGCAUAUGCGUCUGGUCUGGGCAUGUUAGAACCCACUAAAGAACCAGUAAAGCCAAUAUCAGCUGCAGAGAAGAUAGCGUCAAUAGGUCAAAUUUCAACUGCAAGUGUCACGCCCUCAGAAAUGUGCGGUUCUGCAUCUGAUCAAAUCCAAGAGCACGUUCCGCCUGUCCAGUUUGACUGGAGUAGCAGUGGCCUUACUAAUCCUCUUGAUGCUAAUGGAGGUUCCACUAUUCUAAACCUUGAUUUCUUUGGACCCUUGGAUGACAGUAGCUCUAACAACAGUGACAUAAUCCCAGGUGUUGACCCUGAACUGUAUGAACUGACCACAUGUAAACUGGAAAACACUGGUACAAUAAAUCGAGUGACUGAUGCAUUUGCUCGCCUUAUGUUGACAGCAGAGAAGACCAGUACAUCCACCAGGAAACAAAAAAAGGAGGAGGUUCUUAGUAAGGAAGCAGCCAAAGUGAUAGCAAGCCUCCCAGACUUGUCAUUCAUGCAUGCCAAAGUGCUGAUGUUCCCAACUACAUUAACACCUCUGGUAAGCUCCCACACAGACUGAGCCAAGGAUCCCAGUUUUAUUUUCUGAACAUUUUAAAAAUCAAUCUAAUUUUGGCUUUCUUGAAAUAAAAUGAAACUAAUCAGUCAUUCAGAUGAUUUGUUGCUCGCCAGAUUCUGGAGAGUUCCACAGACAAUACAGUGAUGUUUAUUUAUUUAUAAGCAAAGUGAUUUAAGUGUUUAUAUUAGAAAAGAAGCUGUAAAUAUCAGGUGGAUGGUUUUUUUGCAAAUUACUUUUCUUUUGCUGUGCUGGGUUGUAAAAAUUUCUGUUAUGUCAGCUGAUCUGACAGGGACGCUCAAAAAAUAUUGCAAACUAAUGUAACUGUAUCCUGAUCCUGAUUCUGACCAAUGGUGAAAUCCUGGUGAAUGUUGGGUUUUGUUUCUUGUUUAGUUGUAAGCGACUUUUCCAAGCCCAUUUGAUAAAGUAUCAUUGGUUCUAGGCAUUUCUGGCACUGCCAUUUACCACACCUGAUCAAACCAGAACUAGCUUCAAAUAACAGGGAUGCGGUGACCAUUGGAGACUUUCUCAAGCUGAAAUGGUCAUUUAGGAAACCACUGUCUCAGAAUGAUACAGGCACCAGUUCAGCCAGUCUUCAAAGUGAUGCUGUAUCUCACAAUGUUGAGCUAAUUUGGAGGGGGUGAGGGACCAAUAUCUAAAUGUCUUAAUCCAAUACUGAAGGUGAAACCUGAUCUUGAUUGAUUAUUUCUGCUUUCCAUCUGCAUUUGCAUCUCUCGAGGAUUUUGCACAGUGUAAAGACAAGAUGGACAUAAUAGUUUGCAAUGAUUUGAGCUGUAUGUACAGUAUAACUAUGUAAAUGGUGAAAAUUCCUAUGGAAACAUUCUGGUACAAAGAGGAAGCUGCAUAGGUUGAUGUGCAUGCCCAGGUUCUUUUAUAACUGUAGAAUGUACAUUUCCUUUUAGAAUAUACAGAAAUAAAAAGAGAUUGAUUUGAAAA